GCCGAGGGGCGGAGGCGACGGGUUGACCCCGGCCCUGAUGCUGUGUGACCCCGAGUCGGCCAAUACCCUCUCUGGGCCUCAGCUGCCUCCUCUGUACGAUGAGAAGGGGCGCCCGAUGGCCUCCGCAACCCCUUCCCGGCCCGCCUCGAUGACCCCUCGAUGGAGGGAGCCGGGCCCGGGGCGGGUCUGGAGCUGGAGCUGCAGCUGGUGCAGAGUCAGUGUCUCCAGAGGGACCCUCCUCCGUCUGGGGGACAAGGUCUGGCUGGUCGGGACUCCGGCCUCGCCACAGCGGGGAGAGCCGAGGGGUCGGAGGGCGUGAGCGGCGGCUGGACGCAGGGCCCUCCCCACAAAUUACUAACAUUCCAAGAUGUGGCUGUCAAUUUCACCCGGGAGGAAUGGGGUUUGUUGGAACCAGCUCAGAAGGACUUGUUCAGGGAUGUGAUGCUGGAGAACUAUGAGAAUUUUGUCUCCCUGGGGUUUCCAGUUUUCAAGCCAGAUGUCAUCUCCCAGUUGGAAAAAAGAGAAGUACCAGGGUUGCCGGCUAAAGAAGUUCCAAGAAGCCUUUACCUCGAUUUUCUUCAUGAAUGUAACACAGUUGAACAAAAGUACAGUCAGGAGUCAAUCCCUGAUACCCAACAGAGAGUUGCUGAAGUGAAUGUAAAACAAUACUUGGAAGUAAUUGACCAUGGUCGAAUCUCAGUCAGUGAAAAACUUUAUGAAUGUAAUAAAUGCAACAAGCUCUUCAUUUACUGUUCAAACCAUAUUUCUCAACAUGGAACAGAUACUCUAGGAAAACAUCCUAAACAUGAGAUAUCUGGAAAAACCUUUAGCAGUAAACAAAAUUAUCAUUCAGAUGAUUCUGGAGAGAAUCUAUUUAAAUGUAAUGAUUUUGGACAAACCUUCAACAAAAUUCAAAGCCUAUCUCAACAUCAAAAGAUUCAGAGUAGAGAGUUGUUUGAAUGUAAAGAAUAUAAGAAAGCUUUCAGCAGAAAAGGGAACCUCUAUAAAUAUCAGAUGAUUCAAAGUGGGGAGAAGCCCUAUAUAUGUAAUGAAUGUGGCAAAGCCUUUAACCAAAAGGGGACUCUUUGUAAACAUAAGAAGAUUCACAGUAGUGGGAAGCCUUAUGUAUGUAACGAAUGUGGCAAAACCUUCAAGUACAGGCGACAUCUCGAAAUAGAUAAGAUCAUUCAUUCUGGAAAAAAGCCCUGUGAAUGUAAUGUAUGUGGGAAAGUCUUUAGUAAAAAGCCUUACUUAGAAAAACAUCAAAAAAUUCAUUCUGGAGAGAAACCUUGCAAAUGUUCUGACUGUGGGAAAGCUUUCAGCAGUAAUAACUACCUAAUUGAACAUCAAAGAAUUCACACUGGAGAGAAACCCUUUGAAUGUAAGGAAUGUGGGAAAGCCUUCAGCCGAAAGGGGCGACUUUAUGAACAUAAUAGAAUUCACACUGGAGAGAAUUCCUAUGAAUGUAAUGAAUGUGGAAAAACCUUCAUCAGUAAUCGAAAUCUAUCACGACAUCAAAUUAUACAUACCGGAGAGAAGACCUAUAAAUGUAAUGAAUGUGGGAAAGCUUUCAUCAGUAAGAGCUACCUAAUUCAACAUCAAAGAAUUCAUGCUGAUGAGAAGCCUAAAAAAUGUAAUGAAUGUGGGAAAGCCUUUAUUAGUAAUCAAGACCUAUCACGACAUCUAAUAAUCCAUACUAGAGAGAAGCCCUAUAAAUGUAAUGAAUGUGGGAAAGCUUUCAGGAGUAAUAGCUAUCUUAUUCAACAUCAAAAGAUCCAUAAUUUACAGGAGCCCAAUAAAUGUUAUGAAUGUGGGAAAUCCUUCAGCAGUAAUAGCUAUCUACUUCAACAUAAAAAAAUCCAUACUGGAGAGAAGCCCUAUAAAUGCAAUGAAUGUGGGAAAGCCUUCAUUAGUAAUAGCUACAUAAUUGAACAUCAAAGAAUCCAUACUGGAGAGAAGCCCUAUAAAUGUAGUGAAUGUGGGAAAGCUUUCAUCACUAAUCGAAAGCUAUUACAACAUCAAAGAAUCCAUACUAAAGAGAAGCCCUUUAUAUGUCAAGAAUGUGGAAAAGGCCUCAGCACUAAAUUGUGCCUAAUUCAGCAUCAAAGAAUCCAUACUGGAGAGAAGCCCUAUAAAUGUAAUGAAUGUAGGAAAACCUUUAUCAGUAAUCGAAAUCUAUUACGACAUCAAAGAAUCCAUACUGGAGAGAAACUCUUUGAAUUUGAGGCACCCUUCUACACCAAUUCUUUCCUUGAUGCACAAAAUGAAACUAAUGAAUGUAGUUCAAAGUUCAUGAGAGAUUUCAUAUUGGAAAUAAACUGUUCAGAUGUAGUAAUGGAGGGAGAGGUCCAGAAAAUUUCACAGAAUCAUGGGAUUUCAGAGUUAGAAGACUCAGAGAUCUUCUAGUCCCAUCUUUAUCUGACCAAAAAAAAAAGUCCUUUCUGCAAAAUAGAACAAGUUAUCAAACAACUUUUGUUGUAAGACUUCUAAUGAGCACACUUCCUCUUGAACAUUUGGCUUCUCUUUUGGAUAAUUUUAAUUAUUAAGAAGUUUUUUAUUACUUCAAGCCUAAAUUAGUCUUUUUGCAAUUUAUAUACAUUCUCUUAGUUAUAAUCUGUCCAAAUAGAAAUGCCUAAUCCCUUUUUAUUUUCAUAGCUCUUCAAAUAUUUGGUCACCUCACACACCCAAUACAUCUUUUUUUUUUCUUCAGGUGAAAUGUCCUCAGUUCUAUUAACUCAUCCUCAUGUGUGACAUGAAUAGAAGCCCCUUAGCUUUCUCUUAACCCUCCUUUCCAAAUUCUUCAGUUUAGCAAUGUUCUUUCUCCAACUGACAGUAUUCUAAUUGUGUUCUGAGUCACAGUAGACCUAUACUAUCAUCUCCAUCACACGGGGUAGUAUGUCUCUUCUAAUAUAGCUUAAGAUUGAAGUAACCUUUUUACUGUCCUUUUACACUAUUUGACUCCUUUUAAGCCUAUCAUCCACCAAAAUCUCCAGAUAUUUUGCAGAGGUACGUGGUGUGCUAAACAGCAUUGGAAUCAGCAUAGAUCCCUAGGACUUUUUUUUCCUUCUAAGUUCCUACUGAGCCAUUGACAUGAACUGAAAUUAUGAUUUAUUCAACACUGCAUACUCAAAGUAUUCGAUUUUCACCAGCUACAAGUGGUUGUUUGGAGAGGGAAAUGUGACUGAAGUUCUCAUGUCUCUCUUUUUGAUAAUAUAAAGUUGCUAUUUAGUGGUAUUAUUCCAGGUGCUGGGGAGAUUAUGUAAAACAUGGUCCCUGACAAUGUAUCUUGAAGGGUAUGACACACUUUGAAAUAACUAUAAUAUAAACUAGCAUAGCUUAUAUGUAGUCUAAUAUGGAAAUUCAUGUAACUGCUUCCUGAACCUCCAACCUUCCAGGUAGAAGAGAAGUUCCUAAUGUUUUCUGUGUCAUGAAUCCCAUUGGCAUUCUGGUGAAGAUUAUGGACUCCUCAAAAUGAUCUUAAAUUCAUAAAAUAAAGUAUAUAGGAUUUCUUAGGAAACCAAUUACAUUGAAAUAGUUAUUUAAAAAAAUUUUAA